AUGGAGAGUCCAAGUCAAACUUUCGAAGUCACAGUUGAUGAUGGCGUCGAUGGAGAGAGCUCGGCAUCGAUGGAGAGCUCAGCGUCGUUCAACGUCAUCGAGUCAAUCAGAUUAGUUGAUGAUGGCGUCGAUGGAGAGAGCACAACAUCAGUCGAAGUCGUCAAGUCGAUGAAGUUAAUGUUGAUGAGAGAGCAGCGUCGAAGAUCCAGUUUUAGGUUCCAAUCAAAAGAAAGACAAGCUACAUGGCUUGAAAUAUCUCAGGAUCCAGUUUUAGGUUCCAAUCAAAAGAAAGACAAGCUAUGGGAGCGAAUUUCAGCUCUAUUUCACGAAUCAAAAGAAAGACAAGCUAUGGGAGCGAAUUUCAGCUCUAUUUCACGAAAGGAUUUCCAACCCAUCAGUAAAUUUCGAGGAUGCAUUCGACAAGUUGAGCGCCUCAAUCGAAGCGGUGCUUCUGAACUUGAUAUUAAUAAACGUGCUAGGAUCAUAUUUGCAGAAGAUCCAGAAGAGAAAAAAGGAUUUCUAUGUGAUCAUAUUUGGCCGAUUUUGAAGGAUGCAGAGAAGUGGGCAAAUAUAAGUAUCAUGCCUUCUGCAUUUUUCAAAACUUCAAAGUCUCGCUUAUCUCAAGGAUCUGAUUCAAGCUCUCCUGUCAUCGACUUAAAUGAAGACAAUCAGGCAUAUACCACUAAUGACGACGACCAUUCGCUAAUCGACAUUUCAGCUAGUCGACCUAUUGGAAGAAAGAAAGAGAAGUUGAGAAGACGAAAAGAAAUUGAUAGGAACAUUGACUUUGAAGCUUUUGCUAAAGAAAACCAAGAGAUCUUAGAAGUUUUAAAAAAAGGUAAAGAACAACGAGAAAAUGAAAGAUUGACAAUGAACCAGGCUAUGAUGUUAACGGCUGAAAAUGAUAAGAAAAAGUUAGAACUUCAGCAAGAAGAACAAGAGAAAGAAAUUAUGCUAGUUGAUCUGGAAGCUAUUACUGAUCCAACAAAACGCGAAUAUUUUCGAAUUAAACAACAACAGAUUUUAACUAGAAAUAUAACUAGGGGUUCCUCAUAUGAUAUUCCUAAUCCUGAAUACAGCUACGCAGGAAGUCAAUAUGGAAUACCUGACUACAUGGGAGGUGGAUACGGAGGAGUUGACUUUCUAGACUUUUAG